UGGAUGAUUUUAACACCAAAGCGUUUGAAUUCAAUCCACUGUUGUUUUUUCCACGUAUUAAUCGAUCGAUCGCUCGUCGGCCAUUUGCUGUUCUCGGUUUCUCCGGCGCCAGUUCUUCCUAAUUUAUCUUCUAUGAUCCAUUGAUUAGGGUUUAAACAGCUCUACUUCAUAGUCAAAUCUAGGGAUUUUCGUUACACAGCUCAAAUCACCAAAGACUUUUGAUUUGUAGAAGCUUUGAUUGAUACUAGAGUUUUUGAAUUGAGCAAAACCCCCAACUCAAUUUGAUUACUCCUUUCUAGGGUUUCAUUUCGUAGGUAUUACAAGUUACAACGAUAUGUUUGACUGGCAACAGUGUGCUCAAUCAGUAAUCAUUGGUCUGAUAUUUUCGUUUCUUCUCGCAAAGCUCUUCUCCAUAAUCUUCUCAUUCCGCGAUGAAAAUCUCCGUAUCACCCGUGCUAACUCUGACGAAGACCGAUCCUAUGAAAUAGUAAGCCAAUCCGAGUCGAGAUCAGUUCAGGAAGAGAAAAAACCAGGUGCGGAGAUUCCAAGGGAUUACAGUACCAGUGAUGACGAAGAACCGUUGCUUGUUGAAGAAAAGGAAAAUGCAGGUAUUAGUAGUGGUAGUGAUGAUGAAGAUAGCGAUGAUGAUUGGGAAGGUGUAGAGAGUACGGAAUUAGAUGAGGCGUUUAGUGCUGCCACCGCAUUUGUGGCUGCGACAGCGGCUGAUCGGUCAUCCCAGAAGGUUUCCAAUGAUUUGCAGUUACAGCUUUAUGGGUUGUAUAAAAUUGCCACUGAAGGGCCUUGUAGUGUUCCUCAGCCUUCUGCCAUCAAGAUGACUGCUCGAGCUAAAUGGAAUGCAUGGCAGAAACUAGGCGCAAUGCCCCCAGAGGAAGCAAUGCAAAAGUAUAUCGAGAUUAUUACAGAGUUAUAUCCUACUUGGGCUGCUGGUUCAACUUCUAAGAGAAGAGGUGGAAAUGCUAACGAACCAUCAAGUAAAGAUACCAGACCAAUGGGACCUGUUUUCAGCACUUUUAUCCACGAAGAGGAGUCUGACGAGUUAAAAUUAGAUGCUAUACAUGCCUUUGCUAGAGAAGGUGAUACAGAGAACUUGCUCAAAUGUGUUGAGGGUGGCAUUCCAGUCGAUAUAAAGGAUAGUGAGGGGCGGACCCCUUUGCAUUGGGCGGUUGAUCGUGGCCAUAUUGAAGCUGCGGAGUUGCUCUUGAACAGGAAAGCUGAUGUCAACUUAAAGGAUAACGAAGGGCAGACAGCAUUGCAUUAUGCUGCUGUGUGUGAGAGAGAAAGCAUUGCAGAGAUGCUUGUGAAGAGAAAUGCUGCUAAGGAUAUAAAAGAUGAUGAUGGGAACUACCCUUGUGAUCUUUGUGAUUCAAAAUGGUCCUGGAUCCAACCCCAGGCACCCUUACCCCCUUGAUUCAUAAAUUUGGUUCAAUGUUCAUGUUUGGUAAUUGUUGAAAUUCAAACACACCUUUAUUUGUGAUUUUGGUGCUUUCGGUUUUGUAUUUGAACAACGUGUUAAGGCUCGGUAAUCUCAUACAC